CUUCCUCACACAGCUGAUGAAAUUCCACUUGGUCGUCCGAAAAAAAGGAAACCCAAAGGAAACACUCCUCUAGAUGGGAUCGUCCAAGCAGCAGUUCGUCGUCAGUCUGAAAGCAGUGAGCCCCUAACUCCUGAGCUUCGUGAUGUCCCUCCUCAGAGGAAACGCAAGAAGAAGAAAGUACCUACUGAUUCUGAGACCUCUUUUACCCAGCAAAAUGUUGCAUCCCUGUUUCAGAAUGGAAAUGGCAUGGAUGUCCCUGAAGCUGAAGUGACUCGCAAACAGAGAAAAAGAACAAAGAAACCUCGGCCAGCUGAAAUGCACAGUUCCAAUGAGCUGGGAGUGGAGGAAGAAGACAUCGUGGAAGAUGAGCACCGAAAGAGCCUUGAUCAACAGCCUGUGUUUGCUGCUCCCAUGGGGAUCAGCCAGCCUGUUAGCAAAGUGUUUGUUGAAAAAAAUCGACGUUUUCAAGCAGCUGACCGUGCAGAAUUGAUUAAAACCACUGAAAAUAUCAGUGUACUUAUGGAUGUGAAGGCUUCUUGGACUACCAGAGAUGUUGCCCUCUCAGUGCACCGAAGUUUCAGGGUGAUUGGACUCUUUACCCAUGGCUUCCUUGCUGGAUACGCCAUAUGGAACAUCAUUGUUAUCUACAUUUUGGCAGGAAAUCAGCUUUCCACGGUUUCUAACCUGCUCGAGCAGUAUAAAGUACUAGCAUAUCCAGCUCAAUGUUUAUUCUAUUUGUUGCUCUCUAUCAGUACAGUCUCAGCCUUUGACAGGAUUGAUUUGGCAAAAGCAUCAGUUGCACUGAGGGGCUUUCUUACCCUAGAUCCAGCAGCAGUAGCUUCUUUCUUGUACUUUGCUGCUCUUAUCCUAUCCUUAAGCCAGCAGAUGACAUGUGACAGAAUUAACCUCUACACACCACCUUCAGAAAAUGGCAGCAUCUGGAUGGCAGGUACAGAAGAAGAAAUUGUUGAGCCAUGGAUUGUGGUGAAUCUUGUGGUGUCUAUUCUAGUUGGGACAAGUUGGAUCUUCUUAUCUUACCGACCAGACCUAGACCACAGUGAAGAACUGAUGUUUCAUGCUGAAAUUGAGGAAUUUCCUCAAGCAGAUAUCAGACCCAGAGUCCAGCCAUAGUGUGGAACAAGCCUCUGCAAAUACUGUAGCUGACUGAUGGCUCAACAUGUUGUGUAUUAUAGCCAUGUAUUAUAACUUUCAUGAAGGAAAAAAAUAUUUUUAUAUUUUAUAUAUUUGAAUUUGACUUUUUAUGUAUGCUACAAUUUCCAAAUGCAAUUGAAAACUUUUAUACUCUUGCUUUUUAUUUUACAAAGUAGAUUAUCUCUACUGCAUAAAGUCAAGGUGAUUUUGUAAAUAUUGCUACAUAUAUAGCCAAACAAACUAGAUGGAUGCAGAAGAUUGGGUAUUCACUGCUUUUUCGACUGCUGUACAGUCUUCAACAACCUGUUUUUGUUACUAAUGCCGAUAGCAGUUGGCUUACCCGAUUUGGCUAAAUAUUCUCCAGAGAUGAAAACAAAUCUCAUAAAGAAAGUAGUCUAAAGAAGAUUAUAACAAAACAGAGUUAGGAAACAUAAAACCCACAAAGUUAGUAAGCAUGAAAUAAUCUUGGUUUAGUUGUCAUUAAAAGGAUUUGCUAGAAUAAGGGAUUGGAUCAACAGGGAUUUUGUUUAAUGAUUCCUUAAAAAAGGCUGUUUUAUUUUUCUUCAUCAUCGUUUAGUACUGACAAAGAUCUUGAUGACAAGUUCUUUCAAGUUGAUGUAGAUAUAAAAAACUGAAGUUUUAAUGUUGCAACACUUUGAUCGGCUAAUGAAUACCAACAUGACACAUGUACAUCCUAUGAUUUCUUGACAGUCAGGACACAUAACUAUUACAAAGCCAUUCUCAGGAAUAGUUUUCCAAUUUCUACUUAUCUGGUGUGGCAAGAGCACUAGCAUUAUUCACUGCUCUUUGUAAAGAAACUUGGGUUUCACAGAUAUUAAAAAUAUUCCCACUUCAGCCUAUUUUGAUGGAGAUUGGUUCCCCAAAAGGAGUUUUGUUCUUUGAAACUUUUUCCCUAAAGUACAAGAAAAUUUUUGCUAAAGCAAAAGAAAAAGUCUACAGCAAUCCAGAUUCUAUGUAGUGAUAUAGCAGUAAUAGUGGCAGUUGGUUGGUUUUGAUGAUGAUAGCCAACAUUCAUUUUCUUUUAUGAUAAAGUGGCACAAGGAAAGCAUGGCAGAUGUGAAUAAAUGCAGAUAUAUUUCAGGAUGAAACAGUCUCUGUAGUACAGACAAGAGCUAGUUUGAAAUCCCAUUUUUCAAGAAAGUAUCACCCAAACAUAUUUGUGGAUGUUAUUUAAAAUGUAUUGAUUUUUCAUUGUUUUAUUUAAUGUGUUUGUGUUUGUAAAGGGUGUGCAGUUGUCAAAGUUCUCUGGAGACUUAAUUCACUUUCUGGUAGUGAAGAGUAGCCAGAUAAAUGAGUUGGAGGAGGAGGAUGUUACAAAGCCAGUAACUUUCUAUGUUGUUACCCGAGUUGCUUUACACUGACAGGAACGUACAUAACUAGGGCUUACCACUUGAGGACUUGAGCUCUGUUAUGCCCAUCCAGCAAAUUUAAGUAAUUAAAAAAUUCGGUGUCCAUGACAUUUUUAAAUGCUGUGGUAAUCUUGGAAUGAGGAGCAGGCAUGGGGAGUUCUACCAGAAUGAAAAAAUGUCUGGCAGCUGCUGGUUGCAUUCUGGGAUGCAGACUCUCACUUCAUUGUGUGAAGGUGCUUUUAUUUUAACCUUUCUUGUAAAUUGUGAUGGCUAUUGUGUAUGUAUUUUUUCAAAAGUGUAGAGCUAAAUUGUGGUUGGCACUGCAUUAUACAUUAAAAUGAAGAUAUUCUUGUCAGGAUUUGGCUGUAGGAGAUGGAGGAUGAGGCCCUUACUUAGCAUUUCUAUGUGAGUUGCCACCACACUUCCUCCAGAUGUGGUGUGUUUGAUUUACAGAACUGUUGAGCUUUUGAAGAUGAGAUUAAUCACAGAAUCUUAAGGGUUGGAAGGGACUUUGAAAGAUCAUCCAGUCCAACCUCCCUGCCAGAGCAGGGCCACCUAGAGUAGGUCACACAGGAACUCGUCCAGGUGGGUUUUGAAUGUCUCCAGAGAAGGAGACUCCACAACCCAUCUGGGCAGCCUGUUCCAGUGCUCUGUCACCCUCACAGUGAAGAAAUUUUCCUUAUGUUUCUUUGGAACCUCUUAUGUUCCAGCUUGUACCCAUUGCUCCUCAUCCCAUCAUUGGACAUCACCGAGAAUAGCCUGGCUCCAUCCCCCCAAUGGCUUCUCUUUGCUGUUCGACAUUUCUCUCAUUUUGGCAUUGUAAGUAGUAUAAUUUUGCCCACAAAGUAUGGCACUCAGGCAAAACUGUGUUAAGGCAUCACAUGAGUACAGGAAAAAACUUGAACAUCAUUGCUUGAUUUCUGACUAUUAUUACUAGGAACUGAUCUUCCAAGUGUCCCUUAGACAAAGGUUCCCCAGCCAAGAGCCAGAUUCAUUCUCAUUGUGAAAUACAGUAGUUUGUUUAGAUGGUUGAGCAGGAACUAAAUUAAUGAGCUUAACUGAAUCAGUAUUUCAAGCCAGGCUUGCCUUUCCAGUGUGUAUUUUUGUGAAGGUUGGAGUAUAUGCAUAUUUAAGUUAAUGAGAUUUGAAGUUGCCAUUUAAGUCACACUUAAUAAACAAUUUGAUGGCUACUUACCUAUUUUACAAAGUACUUUUCAUUGCACUAAGCCUCACAAUAGAAUAUGAGUUUAACAGAGCUUUUUGUUUAAUUACUUGGAAAGUUUUAGAACAAGUUUACAGAAUAGAUGUUUCAUUACAGAACAUGUAAUAUCUGUAGAAGCCUUAACUGAAAUGCCUUCUUGUGUUCCUAUAUCACUGUUUUUAACACAGUAUUUUUGUGUUAAUGAAAAAAAUUAUGAAGAUGUUAGUGCCAAUUUCUUGUUUUUACAUAUGUGAAACAAUUAAACAACUGCUCUAAACUAGUUAGAAGUGAUUGCAACUGCUUUGUCUUGUUCCCAAAUGAUUAGUCUGUUUAAAAUAAAUCAGUCUGUCUUAUUUUUACCCAUGCUAAUAUGUGUAAUAUACAAUAGUGAACAGAUGCUUAUGGGAAAACAUUUUUUUUAU